CUCCGAGGCAACUACAUACCUACUACCUCCGUCCCUUAAAACUUUGCCAAAGUUGACCAGUACGGAGAAUAAUAAAGUAAAAACUGUGUGGUUGAGGUUUGUGCAGAGGAGAGAGAAAUAACAGAAACCACAAAAUAAUUGAUUAAAAGGGAAAGUAGCAAAGUUUUUUGGGAUGUCCCAAAAAGGAAAGAUGGAAAAGUUUUAAGGGACGGAGGAGUAUUAUUCUGACAUUUUGUGUACAGAUUAAGGACAACUUGUGUAACUUGGCAUUUCUGUAAUUACAUAGACAAGUGUUAGCUCAAACCUACAUUUUUACCGAGCAAACGCCGAAGACGACCCGGGGGUAAAUCAAGGCAGUCUAGACAGUGAAUUGUGAAAUGGAAGGGAACAUGAAAAUGGAGGGUUGAAGUUGAACAGUUGAACUCUUUCCGAAUUGCCCUGCAUAAAGGACCAGGUUCUCGCUGAUCCUCAACAUUCGGCUGCAGAGAAAUUCAUCAGCGGCGAUACAUCAGAAUCGAAUAUUAGAAAUUGGUAAACCAAGCUUUCUGAUUUCAUCUCCUUAUAUCAGUACUUGUGCAGUUAUAUUAGCACUUGUCCAGUGAUCGGCGACGAACGCCGUCGAAAUUUCACUUGUGUGUCCAAUUUCAUGUGCAUUCGUGAUAUCGAGUCGGUCAUUCGAUGUAAGUUAUAUCCACAUGAGAGCGAAAUUAGGGUUUAUUUGCGUUUGUGUUUGUUUGGGUAGCACAAAGAAGAAGCGAACAGGCCUCCAAAUUGAAGAGGGAUUCCUGAUCUGCAUGUUUAUCUGGCUGCGGAAUGGAUCACGGAAGCAUUUUAGACACGGUCGGAGGUGAGAUUACCGGGGUGAUGGCUCCGGUGUCUAUUUGCAUGUUCUUGGUGGUCCUCAUUGUAUACUCACUUUCUUCUCCCUCCACAACCACCACCACUAUCCAGACUGCCGCAAAUCUUGUAUACCUUGAAAACCCUUCCGAUUCCACUUCUCAAAAACUGGAAGGAGCUCUUCUCAAUGCACUGGUUUUCGUUAUCCUCCUUGUGGUGGUCACCUUUCUCCUUGUGGCCCUCUAUUAUUUUCGAUUCACAAACUUUAUAAAACACUAUGUCCGCCUCUCUGUGUUCUUUGUAUUGACGUCCAUGGGCGGCUCCAUCUUCCUCUCCAUCAUCCAGCACUUCAACAUCCCCAUAGACGUAAUCACUUGUGCUUUACUCCUUUUCAACUUCAGUAUCCUUGGGGUCAUCUCCGUCUUUUCACAGGGGGUGCCCAUCCUGCUUAAUCAGAUGUACAUGGUGGCAGUUGGGAUCAUCGUGGCCGUUUGGUUCACGAAAUUGCCCGAGUGGACCACAUGGGUUUGCCUUGUGAUGUUGGCUUUGUAUGAUUUGGUUGCAGUGUUGGCCCCUGGAGGACCACUUAAGAUUCUGGUGGAGUUGUCUUCAUCACGGAAUGAGGAACUUCCUGCUCUAAUUUAUGAGUCCCGGCCUAGCGAGCAAAGGAGCAGAAGAGGUUCUGGGGUUGGGCUUUUGCUGGCUGGGGUUUCUGAUAUUGAACUUCAAACCGUUUCAGGUAAUACUAAUGUUACCAGUGGUGAUGAUGAGAAUAUUGAUGUAAGGAGCCCACAUUCGGCUGUAAAUAUUCAAAAUGAAUGCGAGGAAAUCACGGAGGAGACUUCUCCAUUGAUGACUAGCGGUAAUUCUUUGACAGAAAGGCACGAUGAGAGCACAGAAGUAAGAGAGUUGGAGAGGCAAAGUGAAGAAGAGGAGGAGGGGGAGAGAGAGAGGGGGAUUAGGCUUGGAUUAGGGGACUUCAUCUUCUAUAGUGUUCUGCUUGGAAGGGCUGCAAUGUUUGAUCUGUUGACAGUGUAUGCUUGUUACCUUGCUAUCAUAUCUGGGUUGGGGUGCACUCUAAUUUUGCUUGCCGUGUGCCGUCAUGCUUUGCCUGCGCUUCCCAUUUCAAUUGCUCUUGGGGUUAUGUUUUACUUUUUGACAAGGCUCUUGUUGGAGCCAUUUGUCGUUGGCGCGUCAACCAAUCUGAUCAUGUUCUGACUAUUAGUGCUGCUGCACAAAAGCUGUUUAGGUGCUCAUAAGAAUGAGAGUCUACUGUUUUGGUUUGAGGAAUCUGUUUAUGCUUUAGGUGUUGAAGAGCUGUUAUACUCUGUUGCAAUUUUUUUGUGUAUUGACAGAAACUCUGGAAACUUAUUCUUGAACAGAUUCUUCUGCUCUAGCACUGGUAUGCAUGGGUUUCAUUUUGUACUUCACAUUCUACUACUGAAUGAGGAUCCAGUCAGACUAGAUUUCGGUGAGCUUUUGUGAUAACAGAUACCCCCUAGAUUACCAUUUUGGUCAACUGAUACCACUAGCUCAGAACUUAUGACAGAGUAACCUUUAAUGGCCUUUCUUGUAAUCGAAUCAGACUUUCUAAUCAUGAGUUAAUACUUCAUACCUGUCGAAAUACCCUUCCUCUCUGAUGAUCAUUAUUGCUUGCAGAUAUAGAUGGAUGUCAACGCUUGAAAUUCUUUGGUUUUCAUAUGAAAUGUGCAAUGUAUAAAAGGCAGAAUAGGAAAGAUCUUGCAGAUGACACGCUAGUAUAUGCACAUACACGAGGGAGGCUUUGUUACAAGACAGUGCGUAACUCCAAACGUGUUGAAAUAAUAGUUUAAAGAAACAUAGGAUACAAAAUAUAGGAGAAACACGUAAAUAAAAAAAAACAAAUUUAUUGUAUUCAUAUCUACGCUGUUAAUAUGUACAUAAUAUUUUCAUUUAAACAAAUAAUAAAUGUUCAAUAGUGUACUUGUUCAAUAAUAAUUGUAAAGUUAUCCUAAAA